UGCUGGGUUGCCUGUGGCUGCCUCCCCUGCCGUGCUGCCCACUGGGCUGCGCACUUUUGCACUCAGAGCCAUGACGGAUUCCCUCGGGCUGGCGCCCUACGACUACCAGGAUGUGAAAAGUACCGUCCCUGUCCUGGACUAUUGGAGGAUGGCCGUUCCACUGCGGAAGGAUUUGGGCUCCGAGUAUUGGCCCACCGUGAACAGCAUGGAGUGGCCCUGGGGCACCAAAGGAACCUACAUCUCCAAAGAAGCUGCUUUGCGGAAUGGGAACCUGUUGGGCUUCAACCUCUUUGGUACGGAGCGCACCAUUCGGAAGUAUGCCAAGGCCCGAAACGCCCACGUCAUUGGUGAUGGCAUUGUGGCCUUUCCUCCAUGCUCACCGCAACCAUAUUGCAUCAUCUUGGAGGUCUUGGGAAACAAGAUUGCUGGAACUGGCAAGAUGUGUGACAACCUCAACAUCAGGUUCCAGCUGAGCUGGCCAUUUUGCCCGCGACGGAGGUGGCUUCGUCUAAGCCAUGUCAACGACAGAAGCGACGUUUGGGCAGAGGUGUCGAAGACUUCCUAUGAUUGCCUGUUCCCAAAGUUGGAGCUGCUCCAGGCUUUUCAUUGGCUGUCAAUGGAUGCCAAAGUGGCAUAGGAGGGCAACGCUAACGACUCGCCGCACGCGGCCUUUAGCGGUUUCGAGACUCGCAGCGGUUUCGCUUGGCAGGCAGCAGGUUCUGUGGCAAAGCCUCCACACACGAAGGCGAAAACUGCUGCGACUGUAGCCGCUUGAUCCGUGAGGAACAG